AUGCGGAAUGUGUCUUUCAAGGGCCACAACUUGACUGUGCUGGCUCUCAAGAACGACGAGUAUGUGGGCAAGGAGGUUCUGUACUCUGGAAAGCCAUUUGCGCCCAAUACUCUUGCAUACAUGAUGGACUACAUCAGGCCGGGGUCAACGGUGGUGGACGCAGGCUG